AUGGACCUUACUGUCUACGACGAGGACAUGAAGAGGCACAUUGAGCGAGUUGAAGCAUACUCGUACUGUGACGGCAUAAUGAGGUGGGAUGAAGUUAUGUGGGAGCAGGUCGUGGCUCUCAGGGCAGAGAAUGAGAAGCAGGAGAAGCAUAUGCGUCAGCUUCAAGGCGACAUUGUGCAGAACAAGAGGGAGAUUGAACAUCUCAAGGCACAACUUGACCACCUCCUGAACAAGAAUCUGCGUGAGCUGACCUUGGGGCUUUGA